CCAUUCAUUUCAUUUUCAUGAGUCAAAAAAGUAAACAUUGGACUUCAACAUUUUGCUUGUUCUUUUCACGGAUACAGUUUGCUCAUUGAAAAAAAAAACAAUGGGGAAGAUACCUCUUCUCCUCUGUUUUUAGCUUAGGCUAAUAAAUAUUUUUGGAGGAUAAGUCCACUCACUCAGUUUACUUUAGGCUAGAUUUUAGAGGCAUUAUGAUUACAAAUGAUAUAAAAUUCUUUUUAUUUCUAUAAACUGUGUGUAAGUGUACUGCAGACAUUUAUUUUCGACAUUGCUCUGAAGCACUCUGGUUCCCGUUUCUUUAAGCCUUGAACGUGUAGAUUCUUUUUAGAUGAUGCUAUAAUAACAUCUUGCUUCCAAACAAGGAGAUUAAAAGUUCUAAGCUCCUCGCUUCCAAAUGAACGAAACUGGAAAGCAAAGAUGAGACAGUGAAAAAGAAUUAAUUACACGAAACACGUCCUAUCCGAAUCUUAUCUUGAGAUUGGUCGACUCGUCACAUGUAUUUAUUCGCAUUGUUCUCAGAACAUCACCACGCAUUUUGUGUGUUGUUUCAACCUUUCUUUACUUUGAAGUAGACUAGGCCUAGAAGAAUCGGCGUUUUUUUAAGAGAACAAACACAGCAGCCGUUAGACUAGAUCAAGAUCUAGAUCUAUCUUAGCCUAAUCUCUCUGUUCAUUAUGGAAAGUUGUUCAGAAUUAGCACUGCUGGAAGCCGUGCAGUGCAAGUAUCCAUUUGUACCUGGUUCUCCUGGGCCAGAGACUUUGGAAAGCUGCACAGGGAUUAUGCGGACUGCCGCGGAGAACGUUUUGAGCAAGGAUGCUGAUGUGGAAGAUUUGUUCAUGUACGGGACCACUGGUGGAGACAAAUCCUGCCUGGAGGAGCUGUCGAAGUAUCUGUCUACUGAAUACGGUGAACAAGUCAACAGCAAAGAGCUGAUGCUUACGGCAGGGGCCUCUCACGGGCUGCACAUGGUUCUCACGCUGUUGUUUGGUCGGGACAACCCUGUGUUUACCGAAGAUCCGAGCUACUUCUAUGGAUUUAAAAUGAUCCGGACGGACCUUCAGCGAAAUCUUGUGCCUGUUCCAUUUGACGAGGAGGGCAUCGUCCCAGAGGAGCUGGAGAGACUGGUGCUAAGUCAUAAACAGACCGGUGCCACGGUGUCGGAGGACAGACCGUUCUGGGCGGCUGUCUACAUGAUGCCCGUCUUCCACAAUCCUUGUGGUAUUUCUUACUCAGCAGAUCGAUGCGAGAAAUUGAUUGAGGUGGCUCGUAAACACAACAUUCUCCUCAUAGCCGAAGAUAUCUACAACAUGAUCUACUUCGAGGACCGCCCACACGCCCCGCGACGACUGCUGUCCUUCGACAAAGCGACGGCGGCGGACAGCGCCAGGGGUCACGUGUUGUCGAUCGGGUCGUUCUCCAAGAUCCUGGCGCCCAGCUUGAGAAUGGGCUGGGUAGAGGGGCCCACCUCCGUCAUGUCCCUUCUGAACCAAAGAAACGUAUGGCCAUUCUUGCUCAGAUCCUGACCGACAAUUUACCAUACGGCUGCAGCUUUCGCCAGCCUCAAGGUGGCUUCUUCUUGUGGCUGCAACUACGGAAGGACACGGACGCUUCUGAGUUUCUGAACUUUGCUACAAAAAAGUUUGGAGUGAACUUUUUACCUGGAGUGCACUGCUCGCCGAGCGACGCUUUCGUCCACUGCGCCCGUCUGUCUGUGAGCGUGGCCGGCGAGUCGCUGGUGGCCGAGGGUGGCCAGGUGUUGUGCCAGGCGUACAGAGCCUUCCUGGGACGAGACUGACCUGGGGCCUCCUCGCACUGAUG